GCCAGCGUACUUGAAGGCGCCAGCGGAGGAUCUAGAGUGCAAGGAUGACGAGUGCUGGCUGCUGCUGGAGGCCAUGUAUGGGCUGAGAGAUGCCGGCUCAGCAUUCGACUUGAAGGUGGAGGACAUCAUGGUGAGGAUCCUGAAGUCGAAGCAGGGCGAGUUCUCGCCUUGCAUCUACCAGUUCCACGCGCUGGUGAAGGGCGGCAGUAUCGGGCUCGGCCUCAAGACUCUCGCAAAGGACAUGGGUGUAGACCUCGAGAUCGUGCUGAAGUGCGACGCGGCUGCGCAGCAGAAGAAGCUGCGCGUCAACAAGAUGACAGGUCUCGAGAACAUCAGUGACAUCGGUACGAAGCACCUGGACGGGCCCCUGAUUAAGAAGUUCCUGGCGGCGAUGGGGUUC